AUGAAUGCAUACCUUACUAAGCAACACAGCUGCUGCAGGGGGUCUGAUGGGAUGGAUGCUGGCAGAAGUUUGCCUUCAUUGAUGAGGGAUGCCCACUGCGCCUGUGGUUGGCAACAGAACCCUCAGGGGCUCUAUUAUAGUACUCAGACUGUGCCCUCUUCAGGACCUGUGGGUCUGACCCAAAACAGGAGUAAGUGUAUUACUUUGUGGGACAGUGUGCGGAAGAGCCCCCAUAAAACUCUGGCUAAAACAAAGGGGACCACAGGGGAAUGGUGGUCAGAGUGCACCUGUCCCCAUGGCUGGUGCAACCCAGUACAGGCUAGUCCCGCCCCUAUAAUAGUCAACACAGACACCUUGGACACAAUUCCCUAUGUCAAUGGAACAGAAAUCGAAUAUGAAUUUGAAGAAAUUACAUUGGAGAGGGGUAAUUCUGGCCUGGGGUUCAGUAUUGCCGGAGGAACAGACAACCCUCAUAUUGGGGACGAUCCUGGGAUAUUUAUUACUAAGAUUAUACCAGGAGGAGCUGCAGCAGAGGAUGGAAGACUCAGGGUCAAUGAUUGUAUCUUGCGGGUGAAUGAGGCUGAUGUAUCAGAGGUCUCUCACAGCAAAGCAGUAGAAGCACUAAAAGAGGCUGGUUCUAUUGUGCGAUUGUAUGUUCGUCGAAGGAGACCUAUUCUGGAGACGGUUGUAGAAAUCCAAUUGUUCAAAGGCCCUAAAGGUCUGGGCUUUAGUAUUGCAGGAGGGGUGGGAAACCAACACAUUGCUGGAGACAACAGCAUUUAUGUUACUAAGAUUAUUGAUGGAGGAGCAGCACAGAAAGAUGGAAGGUUGCAAGUUGGAGACAGACUUCUUAUGGUAAAUAAUUACAGUUUAGAAGAAGUAACUCAUGAAGAGGCAGUAGCAAUAUUGAAGAACACAUCGGAUGUAGUUUAUCUAAAAGUUGGAAAGCCCACUACCAUUUACAUGACUGACCCUUAUGGCCCACCAGAUAUUACUCACUCUUAUUCUCCACCAAUGGAAAAUCAUAUACUCACUUCUGGCAACAAUGGCACUUUAGAGUACAAGGCGUCUUUGGCUCCUAUCUCACCAGGAAGAUACUCACCGAUUCCAAAGCACAUGCUUGUAGAGGACGACUAUACCAGGCCUCCUGAACCUGUUUACAGCACUGUGAACAAACUGUGUGAUAAACCACCUUCUCCUAGGCACUAUUCCCCUGUCGAGUGUGACAAAAGCUUCCUUCUUACAGCUCCCUAUCCCCACUACCACAUAGGCCUGCUCCCUGACUCUGAGAUCACAAGUCAUUCCCAGCACAGCACUGCAACGCGUCCACCCACAAUGAGCUUACAACGAACCAUUUCUCUGGAAGGAGAGCCUCGGAAAGUCAUCCUGCACAAAGGCUCCACAGGACUUGGUUUUAACAUUGUGGGAGGAGAAGAUGGGGAAGGCAUUUUCAUAUCCUUCAUCCUAGCAGGUGGGCCAGCAGAUCUCAGUGGAGAGUUGCAGAGAGGAGAUCAACUUUUAUCUGUGAAUGGCAUUGAUCUUCGGGGUGCCACCCAUGAGCAGGCUGCAGCUGCACUGAAAGGAGCAGGGCAGAUAGUAACAAUCGUAGCACAAUACCAGCCGGAAGAGUACGCUCGAUUUGAGGCAAAAAUCCAUGACCUACGUGAGCAGAUGAUGAACCACAGCAUGAGUUCUGGGUCUGGCUCCCUGAGAACCAAUCAGAAGCGGUCACUCUACGUCAGAGCUAUGUUUGACUAUGACAAAAGCAAGGACAGUGGCCUCCCAAGUCAAGGACUCAGUUUCAAAUUCGGAGACAUCCUCCAUGUUAUUAACGCCUCUGAUGAUGAGUGGUGGCAGGCGAGGAGGGUCACUCAGGAAGGAGACAGCGAGGAGAUGGGAGUUAUACCCAGCAAAAGGAGGGUUGAAAGAAAGGAGCGUGCACGUUUGAAGACUGUGAAGUUUAAUGCAAAACCUGGAGUGAUUGAUGCAAAAGGGUCAUUCAAUGACAAGCGUAAAAAGAACUUCAUCUUUUCACGAAAAUUCCCAUUCUACAAGAGCAAGGAGCAGAGUGAGCAGGAAACAAGUGAUCCAGAACAACAUGUUUCCUCUAAUGCCAGCGAUAGCGAAAGUAGCUACAGGGGACAGGAAGACUGCAUCCUAUCCUAUGAACCUGUCACGAGACAGGAAAUUAAUUACACCAGACCCGUUAUUAUUUUGGGUCCUAUAAAAGAUCGGCUCAAUGAUGAUUUGAUAUCUGAAUUCCCUGAUAAGUUUGGAUCAUGUGUACCACAUACCACAAGACCUAAGCGUGACUAUGAAGUGGAUGGGAGAGAUUAUCAUUUUGUCACUUCGAGGGAACAGAUGGAAAAGGAUAUCCAGGAGCACAAAUUUAUAGAAGCUGGGCAGUACAAUGAUAAUUUAUAUGGGACUAGUGUGCAGUCUGUGAGAUUCGUAGCAGAACGGGGCAAGCACUGUAUACUUGAUGUAUCAGGAAAUGCUAUUAAACGGUUACAAGCUGCACAACUCUAUCCCAUUGCUAUCUUCAUUAAACCUAAAUCAUUGGAGCCACUAAUGGAAAUGAAUAAACGUCUUACAGAGGAACAAGCCAAGAAAACCUACGAGCGAGCACUUAAAUUAGAACAAGAAUUUGGAGAAUAUUUUACAGCUAUUGUCCAAGGAGAAAGCUUAGAAGAAAUAUAUAAUCAAUGCAAACUUGUAAUUGAAGAACAAUCUGGGCCUUUCAUCUGGAUUCCUUCAAAGGAAAAGUUAUAAAUUAGCCACUGCACCUCUGAUUAUGACGGAAGAAUAUUUAGAAGAAAACUACACUAUGCUAUUUUGAGGCUUUCCUGUUUUUGUUGCAUUUAUGUUCUUGCAGUCAAUGUGAAUUUUUAUGAAUGUACAACACAAAGUGUUUGAAGCCAUGAAGGACAGUGAUGGGUCAAAAGGGUAGGAACAAAAAGACUUUUACCAUACAAAGCAAAUCUGUUGUGUGCGCAAAACACCAGUUGUAGGUAUAAACUUUUGACAUGGGGACCCUCUGUCAAAGGGAGCUAGCCACCUACUGCAUCCACAUGGACCUCGUGAACGAUUUCAGUGGCUGAGCUCAGCGUGUUGAUCGGUUUAAAGAGAAGUUUCCCAGCUCCUGAACCUUGCAUAGGGCUUGAGCCUGCAAGGGAUGAACACUUGACCCCGGUCCAUACACCUGUGGGUUGUCCCAUUGAAGUCAGUGGGACUAAGCAUGUGCUUAAGUGUUUUGAUGGAUCAGGGUCACGUGCACCUUGUUGGAUUGAGCCCAUAGAACCUGUUCCAACUCCUAUUGAAGUUAAUGGAAAGAUUCCCAUUGACGUUGGAUUGGGUGCUAAGCUUGCCAUUGCACAUCAGUAGUUGGUACACCUUGACUUUGGUAACUAUGCACAUGUUUUGAUUUCCAAAACCAAGUCAAGCAUUUCUUUUUCCCCUUUGGACACACUAUUAUAUCAGGAAAUAACCCCCUGUAGUUUAUUUCAAUGGAAUUUGGUGUUGGGAAGAGAACAGAAGCAUUUCACGUCACACACAUACCCACUCACACGUGUGAGGAGUCACAGUACCCAAACUGACAAGGCGGGAUACAACUGGGAAAAGCUUUAAAAUUUUGGAUUGUCUAUUUUAUCAUUUAUACUGAUAGAAGGCACUUAAUGAUGGAAUAAUUUAUAAAAAAUUAAAAUAUAUUGAUGUAUAGAAACUAAUUUCUAUAGGUGAAAAAUGUUUUGUGAGAUAUUUUGUAAAGAUUAAUUAAUUGAAAGAUUAAAUAUUUGCACCCUGGUCUGGCUGUAAAAUGUAAAGAGGACCUUCAAGUUGCACUAUCCCUUUUUGCAACAAAUUAUCUAAUAAUAUUAACAAACCAUAUAAUUUCUUACAUUUUAGAUGGCAAUUUGCUUUUUUUUUUCAACUUAAUCCUUCUCUUUCCUUUUAUUUAAUCAUGAUAAAUUCCUGUGGAAAGAACUCAAAUUGACUACCCUACAGGGUUUUUGUUGUUGUUAUUGUUUUGGAAAUACUAGGAUGAUGCAUCUUUAAAUUGAAACAGAUGAUUUUUCGGAGGCAAAAUGUCAGUGACUUGAAUGCAGUGUAUUAUUUUCUCUCUUGAAGGGAGCCGUAAUCUUCACUGGAAAACAUUUUAUAAUCAUUCCUUAUGCUGUAAGUGAAAUGCCGGAAGCAUUUAGUCCUUUUUGCCGGCAGGCCACUGACUAACUUGUGUCAUCAUUUCAUUUCACAGUCAACAGGGGUUUUCACCAGACUGGGGCAAUGGACAUUUGUGGGGAAUUUGGGGAAAAUCUGUGGAAUUUCAGCUUGGGAUAUAUGGGCGGGGGGUGGGGAGUUCUUGCUUGCUGUUUCUCUUGGCCCUUAUUUCAUAUACUGAUACAGCUUUCGCUGUACCACAUCUGGAGGAUAGUUACAAAUAGAUGAACUGCCUUUGCUGAUGCAGGACCACGUUUUAUAGAAAACCCACAAAAUACUGCAGGAGUCCAACACUUUUUAGCUGGUGGCUACUUCGAUCCUAAUGUGUAAUGACAUUUUAAGGGCAAACAUUUCAGUUACCGAUAGAAUACUCGAUUACUUGUCUAUUCAAAACUUUCAGACUUAUGUCUCUAUGCUGUUCUGAUACGACAGGUACAUGCAGCCACUCUCAGUAAAUAGGCUGAUUAGCUGGAUGUUUAUAAGACAGCCAUCAGCAGUGACAGGGUUAACAAUAUGGGUACUGUAGCGAUCGUUAGGCCUCAUGGUUAACGCUGUAUUAAAAUGGAUGUGAGAAGUUCAUGCUUCCUUCAUUGUUAUUUUUUUUCUGCCUGGCCAGCACAGAUUCAAAGACAGAAUAACAGUAGAGUUUCUGAACUAUCUCCAUCACCAGAAGGGCUAGACAUGUAAAAAGAAAGAAAGAAAGCUUAGAUUCUGGAUAAUUAUGCAGAAAUCCACAGGAAGAAAUCCUAGAUCCCUGGAAGUCAUGGAUUUUUCCAUGUUGACAAAGUACUAUUGUCUCAGGUCCGGCCCGAGCCCACCUGAACUGAUAAUCAAGUAUCCUAAAGCAGGAACUCCAUUCUAAUUUUCAACUCCGUUUUUAAGCAACCACAUCUGCUUCUUUGUUUCUUUGUUCAGCAUGCGCCCUUUUACGAUACUAUCCUAUUAGUAAAUGUUCUGUUUUGUCAUGUGCUGUGCUUUACGGUGAACAGUAACACUAUGGCUGAGUACAAUCAAUUUUUCCAUCAGUCUUUGGUUACUGUGGUACAUUAUUUAUUUUUUCCUGUCUGUUGUUUGUGCUUCCAAUUUAGAGUUGCCAUUGCACUUCUUAUAUUUUUUAAAUAAAACAUAUAUAUAUUUAAAAAAAAAUCACCAACAGCAGCAAUGAGAGGUCUUAUUUCCUGUAGGGUUUAUACCUCCAUUUGUUUUGUGUCUUGAUGUUUUGCGUUUCAUGUUACAGCAUACUUAGUGCUGCAGUUUGCAGCCAUUCAAAGUUGCAUUGGGUGGCAGAGAGAAGAGAAAUAUGAAGUUAACUCAGUUAUAUCUGGUGCAAAAAAAAAAUCAGUUUGGCGCCUCAGACCAUAUUGGUGCUAAUACCCAGUAAACAUUAGCAGCUCUCUCUCUCUGUCUAUAUAAAAAACUGGCAGGUGUCUAAGAGACAACAUGCAAAUGCUGGACCCUUUAGGAAAAGUGCCAGAUCACAUCACUGGUGCUAUUUCUCAUGUUCUGGCACAAUGUGUAGCACCACAGGGUCUAAGUUGAACCAAAAAUAUCAUGGCUUAUUGUCCAUCCAUGAACGAUCACACUGACAUCUUGCUAUCUUUGUACAGAUGUGCAAUAUUUCAACCUAUUUAUUUCUCCUCCCCAUAAAUCAUCUUCCGUGCACUGGCCUCUCUUAGAACGUGCUACUGGGGCUCAAUGAACUUACACUCUGGUGGUCUUACUACCCAAUGCAAGAGCCUCUCUUUCCACCUUAAUUCCCCUUUUCACCAGGUAAAGAGGCCCCUUGUCUACACUAGCACUUUGUAACCACUUAUAUUAAAGGCGCUCUCGCAAAUAAAUAAUAUGUAAUGUAACUGUGUUAGUAGUUAAGCAUGGCUUGAUGAGCCAGUGUGGAUAGGGCCCUAGAAGUCAUCCCGUGAAAGAAAAGUCAGGGUUAAAUCUCUCCCUUGCACUGGGCUUUCAAAUCCUCACGCUGGAACGCAAUGCUGAAUCUGAGCUAAUAAUAAUUAUGAGCCAUCUCUAGCUAUGUGUCCUAGUGACCUAGUUAGUGAACAUCUUCUCAGCUAGUUCUAUUAUUUUUCUAUGGAGAGUUUGAUGGUGUGUUGCACUUUCAUUGCAAACGCUUAGCAAAAGUCAGUCAAUUGAGUGGGAGGGGCUGGGUUUUUUUGCUUUUUAAGUCCACAAAAGGAUUAUUCAGUGAGUGACCAUGUGUGUAAAUAUUUGUAGAAAAAGCACGCAAGAACAAAAGCCUAUGUCCUCUUUUUGCAGCCUCAGAGUUAAAGCCAUACCAUCUCCCCCCCCCUCACAAAAGGAGGUCUUGCAUCAGUCACAAUGUUGAAUGGGGAUUUUUUUCUCUUAAACAGCCUCUCCGCAACUGUAUGCAUGAGUUUUAUCUGGUGACUGUUUUCAUGCACUUGAGCCCAUUUCUUAAUGAAGUAAAUCUAUUUUCCAGUCCCAUCAAAAAUGAUAACACAGCAUCUAGUCCACUAGCACAGCAUUAAUAACUGCUCAUCAAUACAUAAGAAGAGGAACAGUUCCCUUGAAAUAUAUUAUGGGGUGCAAACCAUUAUCAACACUGACAGCAACACAAUCUAAAUUCUAUUCAGAAGCCGGUAGGGGUGGGGCUGGAUCCUCAGCUGGUGUACAGCAUUGUUGCUCCAUUGACUUGAGUGGCGCUCAUCCCAUUUAUGUCACCUGUAGCUACAUAUAAUAGUUCCCCUCAUGUUAGCCUGUAUUUAGGACCCAACAGUCUAUUACUCCAUAACAUUAAGGGCUAGAUUUUUCCAAACUCCUCAGCACUCACAGUUUGGUCCAGAUUUUUAAAAGUGCUAAGCUCCCACCUGGAUCAAUUAUUACUACUAGUAUGACUUAAUAUUUGUAUUGGGAUAGCGCGUAGGCGUCGGGCCCCACUAUGCUAGGUGCUGUAUGCACAGAAUAAAAUGACCAUCGUCUCAGCCCCAAACAGCAGGUGGAUUUUCAAAAGGGUUCAGCACACAAAAGCUCCUAUUGAGUGUGACAGGAGCUAUUGGGUGCAGAAGACUACACCACUGGGAGCUAGAUUCUGCCUCUCUGCCUCACACUUAUUCAGUUCCCUGACCUGUUGAUCUGGCUCAGACUAACCGCAAAGGCCUGACAUAAGACAGCAUGUGAGAGGGUGGGGUAUAUCACUCGCCAAAUAGAAGGAGACAUCUAAACAAAUGACACUGUUGACCUCCCCCAGUGGAAGAAUGAACUUUUAAUUAUCUUAAUUUCUGGACUUGUUUCCUAAGUUUGAACUGGCUGGUCUGAACUUUUGAGCGGCAACAGGCUGUACGCAGACUGCUUUUGUUUGAUACUUGAUGCUGUGUGUCUGCUUGACAGGAUGUUUCUCAAGUCAGCUAUAGUUGGGGAUACUCAGAAUCUGAACAAAGUACACUAUACAGCUUACAGUCCUGUUAAGUGUAAAUAUUCUACGCCUCCAUGCCAUUCGUGUAAAGAAUAAAGCACACACAAUUAUAAAAAUUGAGAUGUAUAUUUCAUACUAGUUGUGUCCUUGC